AUGUCGGGGUUUCCUGUGGGGCCGUUCGGGCGCACCUUACCUUCACCUGAGGACAGCACCACAUCGCAAGAAUCGCAAGAUAUCUCAACGCCAUCGAAGAGGUUAAUCAAUUACCAGCUUCCUCCGCCCCGCAAGACAUCUUCUUGGGAAUUUGUAUCCGACGACUCACCGGCUCCGUUGGAACAUAUGGAGUCCCCUGUUUCUAUGGCGGAUCGUAACCCAACCCAAUAUAAAAGCCGAUAUCCAGUGCAGGAUCAACUGCCAUCAGUCAGCCAACUUCUUACACCAGUGUCGUAUUCCUAUCUGGGAAAUCCACACCGUCCUUUCCCAGGUCACGAAAAUUCGCCGCCUAACAGCAGCAGACCACACGAAUCCACAAUUGUUGAGACCCACGAUGAGUGCAUUCAGCCAAGCGGUCAUCCAAGCCAUGAGACCACCUCACGUCAAAGAAGGCCGUCUACACUCGGGCCGGUCGACUUUUCCCACGGACAAGGACAGAAUCUAUCUUAUUCUCGCCACCAGCUACCUCCAAUUUCGCAAGUCGGAUUGGACGCAGCAGGCUUGCGGCAUCAUCUGUUUACCGAAAACAAUAGGAGCAGCUCUGAGACUCCUCUAGCCCAUCACCACCAUAGCCAUCUUCCAUAUCCACGCGACCCAUCUAAUUCUGAAACUUCUCCAGCAUCAGGGCCGUCUUCGUUAUCCUGUGAGCUUACUUUCCGCUCAGGCUCACCACCUAGGCCAAAUCAACCGCGCCUGGCUCAUGUGGUAGACGAGCGGUUUAUUGAGGGUGAGGGUAUUUGUUACAUCUACUCUGAUGGUACCCAUUGCCCAAAGGUAAUAGAUGGUGAGCCUGUUAAUGCCAAUUGGGGAGUCACAAAAGCUGGAAAGCCAAGAAAACGGCUGGCACAGGCGUGUUUUACCUGCAGAGAUAAGAAAAUCAAGUGUAUUCCCAAUAUCCCCAAGUGUGAUCAGUGCCAGAAGUCGGGAAGAGAAUGUAGAUUUGAAAAUUCACCUCGGGGAAACCAAAUUGCAAAGAGCUCGCAAUGCUCUACAGGCCAUCACACUCCAGCAAUAUCACUUGAUCAACGGACUAGCUCCUCGCCAAGUAGGCACCCAACUUCCUGUAUUCCCACUGGGAGUCCAGUCCGGACCAUGUCGUCGUCUGCAGUAUCUUGUGACCCAGGCGCACUGAUGCACGAUGUUGGCGGAUUAAGCCCGAAACCCGACAGGCCUCUGAAAAGGAGAAGGCGAGCCUCAACGAACGCCAUUGACAAUGUCAUUGGCCUCGACGGAGAUGACUACUCUAAACAGGCCAAAGAUAUGGUGACAACUCCUGAUCCAUACCCCGUGAAUGAUAUUUUAUCAGAAAUGGCUGCGAUGGAUCUCCACGAUCCAACGUUGUCGGAAUGGGAAACAGAUCCCUACCAUACCCACCCGGAAUCAACCAUGCGCUAUCUCAAUAUGUACUUCCAUUAUGUUAACGGUGCAACCUACUGUAUAUUCCCUCGCGAGCCAUUCCUGAGAUGGCUGAAGUAUUGUCCCAAUAAAUCUCUUGAUGAUAAAAUGCUCUUGUAUUCUAUGCUUGCUAUGGGGGCUAUUUUCGGCAAUACAAAGGAGCAAAGAGCAGACGCAAUGAGGUUUGCGAGAAUCGCAAGGCACGCGGUGGAGAAAAGUCAAAACAAACCAACCUUACACCUAGCUCAAACUCGAAUUAUCCUUGGAAUGUGGCAUUUCACGAUCGGCGCGUCGGCCACAGCGUCCGACUUUACUGGCUCUGCCAUGCGCACUAUAUGCGGCCUGAAACUCAAUGUUGAACAUGGUAGUCCCGCGCCACGGAACCCGCCAGAGCGGGACGAGUUUUUUCAAGCAGAAACUAUGCUUGAAUGCCAGAGGAGGACUUUUUGGGCGGCUUUCCUUAUGGACAGACAUGCCGGGCCCCCAGUCCAUUCUCCAACAGUGCUCAAGCCGCAAGAUAUCUUUCUGCGGUUGCCGCUAAGAGCAGACUGGUACGAGAAUCAAAAAUGGGCUAAUAUGCCCUAUUUUGAAAAUGGUAUUAUCCCGGCAGACACCUCGUUGCCCGAAGAGAGGAAUGCGCUUGACCCAAUGGCUUUCUUAGUCGAAGUAUCUGCUAUUUGGGGGGAUGUGCUUGAGCAUAUCUACCGCGCCACUUACAUCUCGCCAUCAAAUUACGCCGCGCGUUUCGAAGAAUUCUACUCUUCAACAGUGCAACGCACUGAUAAAUGGCUCGCAAGUCUUCCACGGUAUUUUUCAUAUAGCGUUGAAAAUAUGGAACUGAACAUCCAAGCCGGAAAGGUAGAUGUCUUCGCAAGCGUGCAUAUUCUCUACCAUGCCACAAUGAUGAGAUUAAACCGAUACGUCCGCCACCCAGACCUACCUGAGCAUAUAGUCGAGCGAAACGUCCGCCGUUCCUACAGCCACUCCGUCGAGGUCCUCCGCAUUGCGUAUGAUCUUAGCAAACAUCUGAAUGCACAUGAGGAGGGUGGCACUCAGCCAAGUAAUCCACAGCCUCCCCAGAUAACAUUCUCCACACCCCUGACAGGCAAUGCCAUAUUAUCAGCCACAGAUGUCCUCUGCGCCUGUGGCUCCAUUCGAGAUAUGUCAUACUACUCAGCCCUCAUACACGGCGGCUUAAGGGUGAUUUCCGAAGUUUCGCGGUUCUGGCAUGGUUCGCGAGAGCAGCUGCGAGUCAUUGAAUGGCGCCUGGAGCAGAUCACAGAUGCAAUUCGUACACAGGACCGGUCGAGCGGGAAGCGUGGUUUCUCCGUUCAGGGGCGGCCGCUUGACCUCAUUGUGAUCGAUAGGCUGAUGCCUGCCAAUGACGGUGUUGGUUCCAAUGCGCCGUCACCACCAAUACAGGGCAAAAGCAACCCUUAUACUGCAACCGGGAGAGGGGAUUUGGUCUAUUGCCUCCCCCGAGAGACCUAUUUCCAUGCGCUCGGACUCCAUGAUAUAUCUGUCGAGAGGGGUGAGGUGCUGUGGAUUCCAUGUGAAGAGUAG